AUGAGUUCGUACCCAUUGCGAGCGCCAGUCCCUGUGGGAAAGAGAGCAAACAAGCUUUACAGAGACCGUACAGCCAACUUUUACUCGCGAGGACAAUGGGAGAAAGUCAAUUUGCUAUCAAUGAUGCACCUGGCAGUAUGCUCGCAGCCUCCGGAUCUCAAGCUUUCAGUCUGGAGUGGCCCCGGGCUCAGCCGACCCGCCUUCUCUGAGGCUACGAUAGAGGCGAAUGAUUACCGACCGACUCAGAUCGGGGACUCUUUUGGUCCCUCUUGGUCGACUCACUGGUUCAAAGUGCAGAUUCAGAUUUCGGAUAAGAUGCGCCAGAUGGAGCACCUCGAGCUACACUGGGAUUGCAGCAACGAAGCAACUGUAUGGAACGCUAAAGGCGAACCUCUUCAGGGUCUGACAGGCCGUGGCGAACGAAUUGAGUGGGUCAUUCCAGCGUCUUUCAAAGACGGAUUCGAGCAUACCAUCUUCAUCGAGAUGGCUUGUAACGGCAUGUUUGGGAAUGCCGCAGGUGACCCCAUCUUUAAGAACAAUGCCAAUGGAGGCGCAAUUCAACCGCCGGAUCCAGACAAGUACUUUGUCCUCACAAAGGCCGAGAUUGUUGCAGUGGAUUUGCAAGCUCGGAUGUUACACACGGAUAUCCAGGUUAUCCACCAAGCCUUACAAGAGUUCCCCGAGGAUUCGUGGGAACAGCACGAGGCUUUGAAUAUUGCGACCAGGAUCAUCAACACUUUUAGAUUCGGCGAUCGGGAGUCGAUUGUUCGUAGCCGAAGAAUUGCUGAGGAAUAUCUUGGGCCAGACGUCAACUCGGAAAAGGUCUUCGAUGCCAAUAGCGCAAAGAACGGUAGCGUGUUCGCUAUUGGGCAUUGCCAUAUUGAUACUUGUUGGCUGUGGCCGUGGGAGGAGACGAAACGCAAGGUGGUCCGCUCGUGGUCGAACCAGUGUGACUUGAUGGAUCGGUACCCGGAACUCAAUUUUGCUUGCUCACAGGCUCAACAGUUCAAGUGGCUCAAAGAGGGCUACCCCUACGCUUGGGAAAGGGUCAAGGCUAAAGUCGAGGCCGGCCAGUUCCAUCCCAUUGGUGGCUGCUGGAUAGAACACGACACUAACAUGCCCAGCGGCGAGUCCCUAAUUCGCCAAUUCUUGUUUGGUCAGCGAUUCUUCGAGAGUAACUUUGGACGUCGUUCGACAACUUGCUGGCUACCAGACACCUUUGGCCAGUCGAGCCAGAUCCCACAACUGUGCCGUCAAGCGGGGAUGAACAGAUUCCUCACUCAAAAGAUCUGCUUCAACAAUAUGAAUGAGUUUCCUCAUACAACAUUCAAUUGGGUUGCUCUUGACGGAAGUCAAGUUAUCUGUCACAUGCCGCCUGCGAAGACCUAUUGCGCAGACGCUACCUUUGGUGACGUCAAGCGCAGUAUGACACAGCACAGAUCGCUCGAUCAAGAUCAUACAUCUCUUCUCGUUUUUGGUAAGGGAGACGGCGGCGGCGGCCCUACCUGGCAACAAAUUGAAAGACUACGCCGACUCAGAGGCCUUUCUGACACCACCGGAUUGCUUCCCCGUGUUCACUCGGGUGGCACCCCCGAUGAUUUCUUUGACAAGCUUGAAAAGAAGGCUCAUACCUUCCCCACUUGGCACGGCGAACUCUACUUCGAGCUCCAUCGUGGAGUUUACACCACUCAAGCUCAGACCAAGUUCAACAAUAGGAAAGCAGAGAUUCUACUCAGAGACAUUGAGCUUCUGGCAACGAUUGCUUCCAUUGAAGAUGAUUCAUACAAGUACCCGAAGAAAGAACUCGAUGAGGUGUGGGAGGGCGUGCUUCUUUGUCAGUUCCAUGACUGUCUCCCCGGUACUGCCAUCGGCAUGUGUUACGAUGACUCUGACAAGCAUGGACAUCUCGAUAACGCGGCUACUCAGGUCUACGCGAACGUAUACCGCAUUGGCGAUAAACUGCUUCAAAGCGCCUACAAAGUGCUCCAUAUCAGUAAGGUUGAUGAAAAGAUUCCUGGAAUCGACAAGUUAGCUGCAUUGAACACGUUAGCCUGGCCUCGAAAGGAGAUCGUUGUCACGGAAGAUGGCAAAGGCAUGAUUGCACACGGUAAUGGAAAUGUCAUACCCACCGAGGAACCUUCAACUACCUCUGAGAAAAUGGUGUCAGUCAGGGAGGUAUCUGAAGGCAUAUUUGAGCUGGAGAACAGUCGUUUCACGGUCACAGUGGAAAAGGGUUGCAUCACCUCUCUAUAUGACCGCCGAGCCAAGCGUCAAGUCUUGUCAGGAAAGGCCAACCAGUUUGUCAUUUUCGACGACAAGCCGAUUUACUGGCAAGCCUGGGACGUUGAAGUUUUCCAUCUGGAAACCCGUGAAGAGCUCCAAAGCUCGAGAACAUCUGUCUCUGAGGACACGCCGCUCCGUGUUAGUGUUGUGACCGAGACCAAGAUUAGUGAUCUGAGCUCCAUCAAAACAACAAUCAGCCUCCCGGCUACAUUUGACGAUGACGGGAGCCAUUCGUACGUAGAAUGCACCGCGGAAGUUGACUGGCACGAGACGAUGAAGUUUCUCAAAGUGGAGUUUCCUGUCGAUAUCCGUCACCACGAAGCUUCAUAUGACACCCAAUUUGGCGUCAUUCGCCGGCCGACACACUACAACACUUCCUGGGAUAUGGCGAAGUUCGAAGUGUGUUGUCACAAGUACGCCGACUUAUCUGAGUAUGGAUAUGGCGUAUCUAUCCUAAACGAUAGUAAAUACGGAUUCGCCACGGUAGGCAACACGAUGCGACUGUCUCUUCUUCGGUCCUCCAAAGCACCCGAUGAUAAGGCCGACAUGGGCCGUCACACCAUCCGAUGGGCUAUACUACCUCACCAAGGCUCUCUGGGCCCUGAGACUGUGCGGGCAGCAUUCAACUUCAACAAUCCCCUCAAGUUCGUCUCAGUCUCCUCCAAGUCGCCGCUGCGUUCCUUCCCCGUCGCACUGAUGGGCGAUCAGAAUCUGGUGCUUGACACGAUCAAACGUGGCGACGAUGACGAGGAUGUCAGUCUGGGCGAGUUGUCAAACCGCCCUGGCAAGAGCAUCAUUAUUCGAAUUUACGAAAGCCUCGGUGGGCGUGGUAAGGGGCAGCUGAAAACCAAAUGGAAGCUCAGAAGCGUUCACAAGACCAACAUUCUCGAGGAUGACGAAGAUGGUAUUAUUCUUGACAAAAACAGCUUUGAAGUCGACCUUGGUCCGUUUCAGCUGCAAACUUACCGACUAGUACUAGACAUUUGA